AUGUGUAAAUCAAACCCACCUCUAGCUCUGCCAUCCGCAGCACCACCGCAGUUGCAGAAGUACGAACCGUCACAGCGUCCUCUGCAACUCCCUCGGCCCCCUCCGCGGCUGUCCUUGGAGCAUCUGCAUCACGACAUUGUGCGCUGUGCCAGCGACGUGAAACGCUUGAUGGAAGAUGAGUACGAACUGGGCCGCGUCGUGCGUGAGGCACUUCUGGAGUUGUUGGGCAUGGAAGGCUCGCACGUGGGGCCGCCGCUGCGGUUACGCACCGAGGACACUACAGAGGUGACAGCAUCGCCAUUUUGUGCAGGAGCAUCGGCAUCGACGUCGCCCUCUUCGUCGGUCGAGCGCGCCAACCAACACCGACGCACUCACGACGCCGGGCCGCGAAGCAUGCGCGCCUGCGAUGUGGAUGGCGAUGCUAACUCAUCGCAACCCACGUGGGUCAUGCCGUGGCUGCAGCGCCUGAAAAUGGAGCAGGAGAAACAGCUGCGCCAGAUGCGAGAGAUGCUGGUCGUCGCGCGUCGUUCGAUAUCUCACGAUAGCUCUGAUGAGGGCGCGCGAGCGUACUCCUUGAUGAGGACUACGGGAGAAGCAAGGGAUGACACGAGCACAGCAGAGCCACCGCACGCGUUACUGUGGCAGCGACACCGGUGCCUGCUCUCGCCGACACAGCCGGAUCGCCCCGAAGCGGUCGAGGCGUGCUCGACGCUGCUGGCGAUGCAGGAGACGAUGCAGGCGCAAUCGACGCAGCUGGCGCGAUUGGAGGAGCUUUUACAGGAAACUCUCAUCACCGACAUGGCACGUUACACGAGUCACGGUGCGGGCGCCUUGCCAUUCCCGUCGUCGAGCGCGCAUCGAGUAGAAGCAGCAGCAGCAGCCCGUGGCCAUCCCACCGUGCACCGACCUAGUAACAACGACACCGUCCUCCCUACUGUCACCCAUACUGCUGCCUCUUCCGAAAAGAACGUCCGUCGGUCUCUGCCGUCCCGCAGCAGUCACAGCGCGGGUGUUCCGGCGGCGGCAACAGCAGCACCAGCAACGACAUCAUCUCGGGUAUCGACUUGCGUCUCUGCUCCCUCACCACCCCCCGUCUCCACCCCGAAAAACGCACGCUCUGCGGCGGCGUUCACUGAUCCCCACACACGCGCGCUCAAGCACCAGCAGAAUCAACGGAAGCUGGACGCUAUUCACCGCGAGAUCGCUGACCUUUGCCACUUUCUCCGAGAGACCCUUACUCAGCACCAGGCACAGCCGACGCCGCAACCACAUAAUCCGUUCAACAAGACCGGAAUCGAUGCUCGUGUGAACGGGCAGCCCUCUGCAAGCAUGCGAGAGAGCAACUCGCAAUACGCAUCAGCCCAUGCGUUGCAGUGGCAGCCGCACCAUGGAGAAGACUCUUAUCUCCAAGAAGCAAGCCGCCGCCAGCAGCAUCCGUGGCGCAACGUUUCUCGGUCCCACACCGCCAGCGGCUAUCCUUCGUCCUUCUCCAUGCAUACCGAGGAUUCGACGUAG